AUUUAUAGAGCUGGUGGGGCCUAUGGCCCCAAGAUUGGCAGAACAUCCAUUUAAAUAACUUUCCUCAACAGUUUUCUGUUCUUACAAAGACCAGAGUUAACCCAGCAUGUGAAAGAGCAAGAAAAGCAGUGGUGACGUCUUAGCAUGACUGAUGGAGUUCCUGCCCUGAGCCUACUUUCAGCUGUUUCUUUCUUCAGACCACCGUAGGAGCAGCAUUUUGGGGUCUUACAAAUUUUGCCCAAUAUUUUCAGAAAGGCAGUUAUUCACUUUCUUCCUGGAACUCUACCAUUGUACAUUUGGAGAACGUCUGGAUCUUCUGUUUUUUUUGUUGUUGUUUUUUUGACGGGAACUACACUGACAAGAUCUUUGAGGUAGCAUAUCAUUCUAAAUGGAACUUUCCAUUUGAAGUCAAGGGUAAUGCUCAACUGGCAAAUUCUGAUUGCAAGUACAUUAAAUUCUGUGACAUUCUAACCUUAUGUUGAAAGGUACUGAAUAGAAUUUCUUGGUUAAAACAUUAACUGUAUGCCAGCUACAGUUCAAUAUUUUAAUAUAUUGAAUAAUAUCUUAGUCACAGGUCAGACUCAACUUUGUAUGUGCUAACUUAAAACUGGAACCUUCAGAAUCUUGUAAAAGUAAGGCAGUACUGUAAAAUAGUUUGUUACACAGCAGGCAUAAGACAUUUUUCAGUGUAAUCCGAUCCCCAAACACACGGCAGUAAUUACAAAGCAUAGUGGGGAAGCACUGAAGGAGAUUUGUAAUUAAGGGCAUCUAUAAAAAGAGCCAAGCCGAGGGCGAGGUCUGUGAAGCCGGGUGUGGAGGUGCACCCAGUCUACACUGAGGGGCACAGAGCACCAUGGAUCCCUAUGGAGGCCACUACCUGAACCGGGAUGCCGUGCUGUCCGGAUUGGGUGCUUCCCGCAUAUGCCAGCUGGUGCUGGGCUGCACCACCAUGGCUCUGGUGGCCCACAGUGCGGGUUUUAGUGACACCUACGGAACCUUCUGCAUGUUUGUAUGGUGCUUCUGCUUUGCCGUCACGCUGGUGAUCUUCACGCUGGAUGUGGCGCGGCUGCAUGGAUGCAUGCCUAUCUCCUGGGACAAUUUCACAGUGGCAUUCGCCAUGCUAGCCACACUCAUGUAUGUCACAGCAUCCAUUGUGUACCCCGUGUAUUUCCUCAGCCGUGAGUGCCCAUCACAGGGUUGCGAGGUGCGUGACUACCGCAUUGCUGUCACCGUCUGCUCCAGCGUGUGCUGCUUUGCAUAUGGAGCUGAGGUCUUCCUCACAAGGGCCAAGCCGGGCCAUGUGGUUGGCUACAUGGCCACCAUGUCAGGCCUACUCAAAGUGGUCCAAGCCUUCAUUGCAUGCAUUAUCUUUGGAGCCCUGGCAAACGACAGUGAAUACAAUCGUCACAUCGCCACCCAGUACUGUGUGGUGGUCUACAGUCUGUGCUUCGCCGUCACGGUGGUGGUGGUGAUGCUGACUGUGUCAGGGAGGACGUCAGCACUGCGGUUGCCCUUCGACCGCUUUGUAAUUGUUUACACCUUCCUGGCAGUGCUGCUGUACAUGAGCGCUGCUGUGGUCUGGCCUGUGUUCAGUUUUGAUAAGAAGUAUGGUACGCCCAGCCGCCCAGACAACUGUCUGCGGGGGAAGUGCCCUUGGGACAGCAAGCUAGUAGUGGCUGUGUUCACCUUUGCAAACCUGGUCCUGUACUUCACUGACCUGGUAUAUUCUCAGAGGAUUCGCUUUGUCACCCAAUCAGCAGCCUAAGAUGAUGUUCUACUCCCCUGGACAAGCACCUGUCUCACUGGAAACAAUUAAAAGCAUUAUGAUACAUUGUAUUAUCACUAAAAUAAAAUGUCAUUCAACAAGUCUGAGAAACUAAAGUGCUUUUUUUUCAAUAGAUGAGAUACUGCAUAGUAAAAUAUAGUUGUGCAGAAGUUGUAUAACCCUUUACAGAAUGCUAUCUGUCAUCUGUUAGACUAAUGUGACUUCCUUGACUGCUUCCGUGUGCUGGCAAUCCAGUGAUAACUUCUCAAGUUUGGCUUUCAAUAUUAAGUUAUAACAUCACUGAUUGUGGCUACAGUCAGGAAUUUAUAAAGCCAUUUUUGUUUUUAUCAGAUUUUCACCAUUCUUCUCAAAAUGAAACCCUAGUUUUUAUUUAAAUAUGAUCAUUUAAUCAUAUUAUGGGCCAAAGUAGUCGAGCAUUUAAUUCUUUAAUUUUUUUAAACAAUGUAAAUAUAAGCAAAUUAUUUAGAUCUUAGAGCUUGUCUCUUUAUAUAAGUGAAUGUUGAUACAUUUUUUUUGUUUUAACUUUCAAACACCAAAGCCCUUCCUUUGAUGUUUUAGGUUCUGUUACAAGUUUUUAAUUUUGUUUUCUGGAAUUCCUGAUUAUAGUUUUAAAGGUAUGAAAUUUCAUAUAAUAGUAGUAUUAUUUAAUAGUGUGUCUUUUUAUAUUUAAACAUGGAAGGCAAAGUGUUGUGUUUCCAUUAACUGUAUAAUUUAUGUAAUUUAACUGAACAUAACCAGGUGUCUGUUAAUUAUGUUGUGAGUUUCAAUAAGUUAAAGUAAUUCAUGAACAUUUUAAUGUUUUUAAGUGGAGAUUUGAUCUCCAUUUGAGUUCCAAAACUAUAGAUGACAUUAUAUGACAUGUUGCAUGUUAUUCGUCAUAAUUUAAUAUUUUCAUUUUAUUCAGGGUUUUUAGUAUAUUAGUAAU